ACGAGCAGUGUCCGCAGGACCUCAGCUCUGUGUCCCUGGCCGCCGCCCCCGCCGUGGCGCCGCAUCCUCCCCUUACCUGUCUUGAGAGGGUACAGGCAGCGGCCGGGGCUUGGGGUGGUCGCGCAGCCGCCAAAUAUCUCCUCCAAGCCGCCUUUCCCAGCAGGCGGCUCUUCUCAGCCGGGUCCAGGUUGGGGGGAAAAUGGCGCCGGGGCCCCUAGGCGUCCAGGAGAUGCAGCUGCUGGAGGGUCGUUUGGGACCGCUUUUCCGGCUUCUGUUCCUCGCCCAGGCCAUCCUCCUGCUGCCUGCCGCCCGGGCAGGCCUCUGUCCCGUGCAGUGCUCCUGCCGCAUUCCUUUGCUGGACUGCAGUCGCAGGAAACUGGCCGCGCCAAGCUGGAGAGCGCUGUCGGGCCCGCUGCCCCCCGACACCGCCAGCCUGGAUUUGAGUCAUAAUCGAUUGUCAAACUGGAACAUCAGCCUGGAAUCACAAACAUUACAGGAAGUGAAAAUGAAUUACAACGAGCUAACAGAAAUCCCAUAUUUUGGAGAACCAACAUCUAAUAUUACUCUACUUUCAUUAGUCCAUAAUAUAAUCCCAGAAAUAAAUGCAGAGGUGUUACAGUUUUACCCUGCUCUUGAGAGUUUAGAUCUCAGCUCAAAUAUUAUAUCAGAAAUCAAGACAUCUUCAUUUCCACGAAUGCAGCUUAAAUACCUGAAUUUGAGUAAUAACAGGAUAACCACCUUGGAGGCUGGUUGUUUCGAUAAUUUAUCGAGUUCCUUGUUAGUGGUAAAGUUAAACCGGAACCGAAUUAGCAUGAUUCCCCCUAAGAUCUUCAAGCUACCUCACCUCCAGUUCUUGGAACUUAAAAGGAACAGGAUUAAAAUUGUGGAAGGUCUUACAUUCCAAGGGCUUGACUCCUUAAGAUCUUUGAAAAUGCAGCGGAAUGGAAUUAGCAAACUUAAGGAUGGAGCAUUUUUUGGCUUGAAUAACAUGGAAGAGCUAGAACUGGAACAUAAUAAUCUUACACGAGUGAACAAGGGGUGGUUAUAUGGCUUGCGAAUGUUACAACAGCUCUAUGUGAGCCAGAAUGCUAUUGAAAGAAUCAGCCCUGAUGCAUGGGAGUUCUGCCAAAGACUAUCCGAACUUGAUUUGUCUUAUAACCAGCUUACCCGCCUGGAUGAAUCUGCCUUUGUGGGUCUGAGCUUACUGGAGAGAUUGAAUUUAGGGGACAACAGAGUCAGUCACAUUGCUGAUGGUGUGUUUAGGUUUCUUUCCAAUCUUCAGACACUAGACUUAAGAAACAAUGAAAUUUCAUGGGCCAUAGAAGAUGCUAGUGAAGCCUUUGUUGGACUCACAAGUCUCAAUAAAUUAAUCUUACAAGGAAACCAGAUUAAGUCAAUUACAAGGAAAGCAUUCAUUGGUCUUGAAUCCCUUGAGCAUCUAGAUUUGGACAACAAUGCUAUAAUGUCUAUCCAAGAAAAUGCUUUUUCUCAAACUCACUUGAAAGAACUGAUUCUGAACACAAGCAGUUUGCUCUGUGACUGCCAUUUGAAGUGGUUUCUUCAAUGGCUGGUUGAUAAUAACUUUGAACGUUCUGUGAAUGUAAGCUGUGCACACCCCGAAUGGCUAGCAGGGCAAAGCAUCCUGAAUGUGGAUCUGAAAGAUUUCGUCUGUGAUGAUUUUCUCAAGCCACAGAUAAGGAUACAUCCUGAAACCAUAGUUGCUCUAAGAGGCAUGAACGUGACUCUGACAUGCACUGCAGUAAGCAGUAGUGAUUCACCCAUGUCCACUAUGUGGCGCAAAGACAGUGAAAUCCUUUAUGAUGUGGAUAUUGAGAAUUUUGUUCGUUAUCGGCAGCAAGCUGGAGAAGCUCUGGAAUAUACUAGCGUCUUACACCUUUUCAAUGUGAAUUUCACUGAUGAAGGAAAAUAUCAGUGUAUUGUUACUAAUCACUUUGGUUCUAAUUAUUCCCAGAAAGCCAGACUGACUGUGAAUGAGAUGCCGUCUUUUCUGAAAACUCCAAUGGAUCUAACUAUUCGCACUGGUGCCAUGGCCAGAUUAGAAUGUGCUGCAGAGGGGCACCCUGCCCCUCAGAUUUCCUGGCAGAAAGAUGGUGGUACUGACUUUCCUGCAGCUCGAGAAAGACGCAUGCAUGUCAUGCCCGAGGAUGAUGUGUUCUUCAUUGCCAACGUGAAAAUAGAAGAUAUGGGAAUCUAUAGCUGCAUGGCACAAAAUAUAGCAGGAGGCCUCUCAGCAAAUGCGUCGCUAACAGUGUUAGAGACGCCCUCAUUUAUUAGACCCCUGGAGGACAAGACAGUUACCCGAGGUGAAACAGCGGUUUUACAGUGCAUAGCUGGAGGGAGUCCUGCCCCUCGCCUCAACUGGACUAAAGAUGAUGGACCACUGCUGGUGACGGAACGACAUUUCUUUGCUGCAGCCAACCAGCUUCUCAUCAUUGUAGAUGCUGGGCUAGAAGAUGCUGGGAAAUAUACCUGCAUUAUGUCUAACACCCUUGGGACAGAACGUGGCCAUAUUUACCUUAAUGUCAUUUCAUCCCCCAAUUGUGACUCUUCCCAGAGUAGCAUUGGGCAUGAAGAUGAUGGCUGGACCACUGUUGGCAUUGUCAUCAUUGUUGUGGUCUGCUGUGUUGUGGGUACCUCUUUGAUCUGGGUCAUUGUUAUUUACCACAUGAGAAGGAAAAAUGAAGACUAUAGUAUCACGAACACAGAGGAGCUCAAUCUGCCUGCAGAUAUUCCCAGCUACUUGUCUUCCCAGGGAACACUGUCUGAGCCACAGGAAGGCUACAGCAACUCUGAGGCAGGCAGUCAUCAGCAACUUAUGCCUCCUGCCAAUGGAUAUAUACACAAAGGCACUGACGGUGGCACUGGUACUCGGGUGAUCUGCUCAGAUUGUUAUGACAAUGCCAACAUCUACUCCAGGACCCGAGAAUACUGUCCAUACACCUAUAUUGCUGAGGAGGAUGUUCUAGAUCAGACACUGUCCAGCCUCAUGAUCCAGAUGCCCAAAGAGACUUACUUGGUACACCCUCCCCAAGAUGCUACUGUCCUGGAGAGCCUAAUAUCAUCAGCAGACAGAGAACUAUCUGCCUUUCCUACCAACCACGAGAGGAUAAAUGAGAAGAAGCUUUCCUGUACACAGAUGAGCAGUGAAACGUUGCAGCGGCCUUUGUGGAAUUCAAACAGAGAAUUAGGCCUGCCUCAUCCUUCCUUUUCUCAGCAGCCAGUCCUUGAGUCACCACCACUUCAUCAAAAGGAGGUCUUGGCAGAGAGAGAUCCAGACUUCUCAGCUUCCCCCAUGUCAUGCCACAUGUUACAGGACCACGCUUUUGAUUUUAGUAGGACUCGGAGCAUUCAAGACGGUAGUGAGGGCACAUGAAACUCACUUCAGGAUGAAAUCUGGGCAGAGACUCAAAUUAAUUAAUUUUGUAUUUACUACCUCAGAGUUCAGAAGAAACCCCAAAGUCAGCAUAUGUUUUACUCUGUUUACAAUUAUAUCUGACCACACCAAGAUGGGCCAGGCAUUUGUUUGGGCUUUUACUUGGCAAAGAAAGGGUAACAGCUGACAAAUGGGUACAUCUACUUGAAAAUGUACAGCACUGAUAGUGGAAGAUAUGGGGGAGAUGUGCUUCCUGAUGGUUACAUGGGGGGAGUGCCUGUUAGGAAGAGUCUCAUUGCUGCUUAACAGAGCUGGAUUGUCCCAAUCCUCAGAGUGAUCCUGAGAAAACAUCACUACUUUGAUGUCCUACUUUGCCUUCUAAGGAGCAAAAAUAUCUUUGGAGCCCUCUGGAAAGUGUGCAUGGGAUUCUUCGGUGGUUUUAAGCAGAUAGUUGAGACUGGAGCUUUGAUAUUCAAGGUCUUCGGCAAGAAUCCUAGGCUUGACCAGCUGGUUACCAGGUCAAAGGUUUUUUGUAUUCUUGUGAAUUUUCUUUUUGUCCCUAUUCCCCGGGGACCUCAUUGUAAAUAUAUGUGCAUUUAUAAAUAAUUUUCUAUCCAUUGACUAUAAGUGUUGGCUGCAAUGUAAAUAUUUUUGAUAUGCCAAAUUAUGUGUAAUAUCAUUAUAAUGUUGACAGUAGCUUCUCACAUCACAGACAGAUUUUGUAUAACUUGGUUUAGUGAGAUCUAAAAACUUUGUUUACAGUUUUAAAAUCUUAAUCAUUAAGAAUUAUAUGUAUGGGGCAGGGUAACUAGUGAUUGUGUACACACAAACACAGUGUUGGUGUAAUUAACUGCUUUCUUCAUGCCUAGAGGUUCAUACGUCUAGUCUAAUCAUUUGCCAUCUGUUUACAAGUGCAAGGUAAUAAUCCCUUUCUAGCAUAAAAAGGCUUGUCUUACAGAGCCUGGCAGUCUCAUCACAGCUACAUACGCACAUAGGUAGAGAAAAACUUGUUUUAGGAAUAUCUUCUUUCAGCACAGUACUUCAUUGACAGGGAAACCAAAGAUUGCUUCUUUUCUUUUUUUGUUUUGUUUUUAAUUUCCCUUUUUAACAGAGCACAGUAUAUCUUAAGAAGGGAAGAGUGCUCUUGGGAAUAGAAGAACAUGCAGAAAUUCCUAUACUACAAAGCUUUGGAGUGGUCCUUGUUUUGUACAAGUGAUUAUUUAAGCCAAAAAGUUUUCCUAAAUUUUUGAUAGCAAUGAGCUUUAUGUAAACAAAGAAUUUAACACUCUAAUGUAAUGUA